CAGCAAAGAUAUUUCACACUGACAGACUUUUAUGAGGCAUGAUUUGCAGAAAAAGAGACGACCACAGGCACUUUGUUUUUCCACAGAGACGUUUGCACUUGCAGGAGACAUUAAAACUACAAAGUGUAUUUUGCAUUCUCUGCGGUAACUUUUCCAUGAUUGCCUCCUCAGACUGUGGAGGAAAACCCUCCUGACUGAGCUGUUGCCGGGCCAGUAAAAAGUGAUUCCGAUUGCAUGUAACAGGCUGCAGUCAAACGACUCACUUUUUCCGACGACUUGAGGCAGCAGAGGAGCGUCUAACACACACACACACACACACACACACACAUACAGACACACACACACACACACACACACACUGCUCUGCCGCUGCGGUUUCUUUGCAAGGUGGUUUGGAGAUGCUCCAGCGGACAGCGAGCAGGGCUUGGCUCUGCCUGUCCUGCUGCCUGCUGUUGGCUGUCUGUUCCCCAGCAGAGGAUGCAGGAUCAGCAGGUCCUCUUCCCCAUGAGCAAGUGUCAGGGGAGCCAGAUGUAGAGGACCUGGAGUGGGGAUCCGGAUCAUCUCUCCUGCACCUGCUCCACAGCUUCCCCGCCGACAGCCCCUUCAUAACAGAGACCCCAGAAAAACCAGUUAACUGCACCCAGCGCUUCUGGUUACCGCCUUCCCCUCCGAUCUGCUGGGAAAACAUUGCCGGACCCGAAGAGUUCGCCAAGUCCCGUCUACUCGUCCUGCAGAACAGGGCCGCGCUGCAGGCCGUGUCCACCUCCAGCGGGGUGGAGGAGGGAGGAGUCUCCUACGACUACCAGGCCAGAGAGGAGGUCCAGGGGAUCCGCUCAGAACACCAGAACAUGGUAGAAACUAUGCAAACCAUGGAGACGGUGUUUGUUGGUCUGGCUGAGAAGAGGAAGGAGGGGAAGGACCAGGGAGUCCUGACGAGCAUGAAGGAGCAUCUGGCCAACACGAGGGACGCCAUAGACGGCAGAGAGAACAUGGUGAACCACCUGGAGAGGCAGUUUUCUACUUUAGAGAACAACCUGCUCAACAUGCAGCUUCGACUCAGCAAGCUCAUCUGACAGCAACGGUGCCGUAGACGCCGAUUCCCCUUAUUCGAACUGUAUUUAUACAUGAAUGUACGACAAUGUAGCCGGCGAAUGCAUGCUCAGGAUUAUUGUAGUUUGUAAUACGAGAAGAAAAGAAAAGAAAAAAAAAACAUUUGAUAUGCACCUUAUUAUGUCAUCAGCACAUGUACCAAAAAUGUAACCUGUAAGAUAAAUAAACCUCACGUUAUCAGGGAGUGUUUGAUGGA